AUGUCCCCCCCUGGCUCGGCCGCGGGAGAGAGCGCCGGCGGCGGCGGCGGCGGUGGCGGCCCCGGGGUCCAGGAGGAGCCCACGGCGGGAGCGACGGCGGACGACGGCCCCGCCCGAGAGGAGCAGCGUCCCAUCCAGCCCUCUUUCACCAAAUCCCUCUGCCGUGAGUCUCACUGGAAGUGCCUGCUGCUCUCGCUGCUCAUGUACGGCUGCCUGGGGGCCGUGGCCUGGUGCCACGUCACCACGGUGACCCGCCUCACCUUCAGCAGCGCCUACCAGGGCAACAGCCUCAUGUACCACGACAGCCCCUGCUCCAAUGGCUAUGUCUACAUCCCCCUGGCCUUUCUGCUCAUGUUGUACGCCGUCUACCUGGUGGAGUGUUGGCAUUGCCAAGCCCGCCAUGAGCUGCAGCACCGCGUUGAUGUGAGCAGUGUGCGGGAGCGUGUGGGCCGCAUGCAGCAGGCCACACCCUGUAUCUGGUGGAAGGCCAUCAGCUACCACUAUGUCCGCCGCACCCGCCAGGUCACCCGCUACCGCAAUGGCGACGCCUACACCACCACCCAGGUCUACCACGAGCGCGUCAACACGCACGUGGCGGAGGCCGAGUUCGACUACGCGCGCUGCGGCGUCCGUGACGUGUCCAAGGCCCUGGUGGGGCUGGAGGGCGCGCCAGCCACGCGGCUGCGCUUCACCAAGUGCUUCAGCUUCGCCAGUGUGGAGGCCGAGAACGCGUACCUAUGCCAGCGCGCGCGCUUCUUUGCAGAGAACGAGGGCCUGGACGACUACAUGGAGGCGCGCGAGGGCAUGCACUUGAAAAACGUGGACUUCCGUGAGUUCAUGGUGGCCUUCCCGGAUCCGGCCAGGCCGCCUUGGUACGCCUGCUCGUCGGCCUUCUGGGCUGCAGCGCUGCUCACGCUGUCGUGGCCCCUGCGUGUGCUGGCCGAGUACCGCACGGCCUACGCGCACUACCACGUGGAGAAGCUCUUUGGCCUGGAGGGCCCGGGCUCCGCGAGCAGCAUAGGCGGCGGCUUGAGCCCCAGCGACGAGCUGCUGCCCCCGCUCACCCACCGCCUGCCGCGGGUCAACACCGUGGACAGCACGGAGCUCGAGUGGCACAUCCGCUCCAACCAGCAGCUGGUGCCGAGCUACUCAGAGGCGGUGCUCAUGGACCUGGCGGGGUUAGGGGCGCGCUGCUCCGGGGGCGCGGCCGGCGGCUACGCGCCCACGUGCCGCUAUGGCGGGGUGGGCGGCCCCGGCGCGGUGGGCGUAGCCCCUUACCGGCGCAGCUGUGAGCACUGCCAGCGCGCGAUCAGCAGCUCUUCUAUCUUCUCACGCAGCGCCCUGAGCAUCUGCGCCAGCCCGCGGGCCGGCCCGGGGCCCGGCGGGGGCGCCGGCUGCGGGGGCAGCCGUUUUUCGCUCGGCCGCCUCUAUGGCUCCCGGCGCAGCUGCCUGUGGCGCAGCCGGAGCGGGAGCGUGAACGAGGCGAGCUGCCCCACGGAGCAGACGCGGUUGUCGAGCCAGGCCAGCAUGGGGGACGACGAGGACGAUGACGAAGAGGAGGCCGGGCCGCCACCACCCUACCACGACGCCCUUUACUUCCCGGUCCUCAUUGUCCACCGGCAGGAGGGGUGUCUGGGCCACAGCCACCGGCCGCUACACCGCCAUGGCUCCUGCGUAGAGACCUCACUGUGACCUCUGGCCCCGGAGAGGCCUCCCUCCUGCCCCUCGCUCCACUGUGCUUCCUGCUUGUAGCAGGGGGAGUCACGAUGGCUGACCGAGGCUGUGCUGGGCGCGGAGGGAGGAAGAUGAGGCUCACUGGACAGUCCCAGAUGAGACCGGGAUCGAUACCCCCACCUUUCCUGUACAUAGAGACAGAUUGGGGGUGUGGGGAGAGGUUGCCAGCUCCCUAGAAUCCCACCCUAGCAAAGAGUCGCCUUUUCCAGCUCCACUCCUGAGUUCCUAAGAGGACACCUUCACUUCCUACGCACAUUCGAGAUUUCCUGUCCAGUCUUUCAAGGGAUCCUUCAACUGUUACGUGGUGACUGUGCUGUGGCACCGCGGUGGGCCUCAUCUCAAGUGGGAGGCCCUCCGCGUGCAGCUGGGGAGGUGUAGAGGCUUGUGGGGAAGGGGCACUGGGGCUUUCCUUCCUCUGUUGCCUCGGCCCACUUGGGCCUCUUUCAGUUGAAGGGGGGUGGUGGUGGUCUAGUGAACAGCAGGGCUGGCUUCCAGCCAGCUAAGAAUUCAGAGGGUCUGAGGUCUGGGACCAGGUGUCAGCCCAAACACUCCAUUCCAACUCCAUGGAAAUGAUGUUUUCCUUCUCGGCGCUGGCCCAAGUGACCAGGGUUUCCUCUCUGCCACUCCCUCCACUGUUGUUUAUCUCACUGGGCCCCAGGAGUCCCAGGGAGACUGUACUCACCACUCAGCACUUACCUCCUGCUCCCUGGCUCAGAAGAGCUGUUGCCUGGGUGAAGGGGGAGGGAGGAGGUGAAAUGUGUAGCGCUGUGUACCAUGGUCCUAUCUCUAAACUUGGCAGCCUCCCUGAAGCAGCAUCCUCACCUGGGUUCUGGGUGGGUACUCCUUCAGAGGAACUGAGAUGCCACCCAAGUCACAUUCCUUAGAGCUAGCCAGGGGGGAUGAUGAGGGGACAGAGCAUGAGACAGACCUGGGUGACAACGGGGAACUCUGUAAACAGGCUGGAGUAAAAGAGGAGAACCAAGGGGAGAGGUGAGUAGAGGGUGAAGUAAAAGGACCUUUAAAGAUGGAGUGGUCUGUGGGGGGCGGCCCUCUCCUCCCCCAAUGUGGGGAGGAGUGGAGAGUGGUUGUCCCUCACACAGGCCUCUGUAAGGCUGACGGCGUUGCUACAAGCCCCAGCUGGAGAAAUACUCAACUCCAGUGGCAUGGUCAUAGGCAGGAAUUCCUAAAUCUUGCCCGACCUCUCCUUCCUCCUCUCCUUGUCCUACCUAAUAAGUUGAAGCUCUGCUGGGUAUCCUAGGGUCUUCAAAGGGGCACUCUGCCACCACCCCAGGGCACUGGCCCUAGGUCCUGUUUCCCUAUAGCUCUGAAGCUGCCUUCUCUCCUGUGUACCAUCCUCCCAACAAUGUGCUCCAGUGUGCAUGUCUGUGUGCCGCCUUUCUGCCCCCCUGUGCCCCUGGCUAAGGUUUUCCCAGCAGAUUUAGCGCCCAGGGAUUGUGCUCACAUUUCAAGCUGACAGGGUAACCCUUGGGCCACCUGGGCAUUCCUCACCGCCAUGCUUCUCAUUGUUUGAGCCAUCAACCCGCCCCCCCCCCUUCUUCAGCCUUUCCCGUCUUUCUCCAGCCCAGCCAGCUCUGCUCCUGCCCUCCGGUGUGGCUUCUGCCUAUGCAACAUCUCAUUUGGUCCCGGGGACGGGGAACGGGGUAGGGGAGGUUCAAAUUGUGGGGACACUGUGGCCUGUGGCCUAUCAGGGUGUUGAGUUAGGAAGAAGGGGAAGCCAGAGGAGGGGAUACUUGGGCAGCAGGGACGGCUGCCCACCAGAUUUCACUGACAGCAGUGGCCACCCGCCGACCAGUACUGGCCUGCCUGGACCUGAGUCUGUGCUCCUCAGGCACCUGGCAGUUGGAGUGACCCUCUGAAUGGGCAUCUGUGAGGUACAGGUGGUGAGCCGCAGCCUCGGGCCCCAGCUCUAGGCCAGCUGGCACCUAGAUAUCAUGUUUUCCUGUGGGGGCAGCCUGGCCGCCUAGCAGCUCCAAGGAGGGAGGAACUCAGCUCUUCUUCCCUCAGGCCUGUUCCUGAGACAGAGGCCAGGCUGGGAGGAGGGGAAGGGAGACCCCUAUUACUAUUUUUGCCUGAAUUGACCAUUUCUGCCUAGGUCUUCACACACAGACAGCCUCACCUCCCACACACACACACACAGACUUAGAGAGAAACCAAUUCUUUGGUCUAUUUUCUUGGUAGCUUUAUUGAUUGCCAGGGAAAACUAAAACCAGAAAAUUAAUUAAUCUCUAAAAUUAAACUUUACACUGAAUGUUCUUGUUUCUCUAAUUAGGACCUCUGCUAGCAGCUGUGGCUACACACACACACACACUCACACGUUUGUACUCUGGAACUGUCAGAUGGAGUCAGGCACAGACAGUCAGACUCUAGGUCGCCCAGACAGGCAUA